AUGUGCCUCUACACUGUGUGCAGCCUUUUGUACACGGUCGACUCUGAUUCUUUGCUCAUUUAUGUUACGGCUUUUCUCGUUCUCUGCCUCGUUGCUGCUAGCAUAAGUCAGCUGUACGGAAGUGUACGCAUGGAAUCGGAGGCUUUGAACCUGGCUGAUACACUCUUUGUAUAUCUGCCGGUGUCGUUGAUGCAUGGCUUUGUUGUUGUGAUGUUUUUCGUGGGUGCCUUUGCUCUUGUACCUCGCGAUGCGUAUUCACACAAGCCUAGUUAUUUGGUGGAUGCUAUUCUGCUCAUUGUACUUUUUUUCCUCCAGAGCUCUUCGGCUGGCUACGUCUUCUAUGGAAACCGUGAUAUUGCCGGUGCGCUUGUGGUUUCUCUGGGCCUGCUAGCCAUUGCUCAGCAGCAAUCCAACUUGCGCUUCAUCCACUGGACUGCCUUGUAA